GGCGCGGCGACGGGGAGGCGGGGGUGGCGGUGUCUGCGCGCACACGUUCGCUCGCAGACACACACACACACGCACACACACGCACACGCGGGCCACGCCACAGACACACGACACGCACCGAGCCUCGGCCGGGCGCCGCGCACACUCGCACCCGCGCUCACACUCACACUCGCGCGCAGGCCCCGCAGCCGCCACCGCCGCCGCCGGAAGCGGCGCUCGGCCCGGAUCCCGGCUGGGCUGGAGAAGGAGAGGACCUGGGUGAGAAGCUGCCGCUGCCUGAGCUGGACCAGGACCCGGGACCCCAUUGCUCCUGCUGCUGCUGCCUGGCGCCGCUGCUGCAGGGGCCUCCCUGAGACCAGGCCAGGGAUAGAGCCUCGUGGGCCGGAGGGCCCCCUUAGCCCGCAGACAUCGGAGCCAGGUGACAGAUGGGUCUCGUCCUUCCUGCCGCGACUCUCGCGCUCCCUCCUCGGAGCUUCCCUCUCCAGCUGCCCAUGGGAAUCGGGAAUCGUGGGAAUCGUCUGAAGUUCUGAGCCCAGAACCAGAGAAGGAGGAAGAGAAGGAAGAGGAGGAGGAGGAGGGAGAGGAAGUCAAGUCUUGAGAGCCUGUGCACCUUCCCAGAGACAAGCGGUGGGGGUGUGUCCCGCUGUGUGUCCCUGUCCCAGUGGCCUGCACCUGCCGCUAGCACCCACCAAGGACUCCCCCAUCCCACUCCCCACCACACGGUUGGUGCCGGCUGUGUCUGCCUCACCAGGGGCCCCUGUGCCAGGGGUCGCCCCCAAGAUGGUGGCGGCCCCAGGGAGGACUGUGCCGCCAGCCCCAGCCUCCCGCUGCUAGGUCCUCCCCCCCACGCCCCGGCCCCCCUCUCUACGCCCCCCCAGCCCGGCCUUCCCCGGAGGGUGGGGUGGGGGGCUGUGGCCAGCGCCAUGCUGCGCCUGGGGCUGUGCGCCGCCGCGCUGCUGUGCGUGUGCCGGCCGGGCUCCGUGCGCGCUGACUGCUGGCUCAUCGAGGGCGACAAGGGGUACGUGUGGCUGGCCAUCUGCAGCCAGAACCAGCCGCCCUACGAGACCAUCCCGCAGCACAUCAACAGCACCGUGCACGACCUGCGCCUCAAUGAGAACAAGCUCAAGGCCGUGCUCUACUCCUCGCUCAACCGCUUCGGGAACCUCACGGACCUCAACCUCACCAAGAACGAGAUCUCGUACAUCGAGGACGGCGCUUUCCUGGGCCAGUCGAGUCUGCAGGUGCUGCAGCUUGGCUACAACAAGCUCAGCAACCUGACGGAGGGCAUGCUGCGCGGCAUGGGCCGCCUGCAGUUCCUCUUCGUGCAGCACAACCUCAUCGAGGUGGUGACGCCCGCCGCCUUCUCCGAGUGUCCGAGCCUCAUCAGCAUCGACCUGUCCUCCAACCGCCUCAGCCGCCUGGACGGCGCCACCUUCGCCAGCCUGGCCAGCCUCAUGGUGUGCGAGCUGGCCGGCAACCCCUUCAACUGUGAGUGCGACCUCUUCGGCUUUCUGGCCUGGCUGGUGGUCUUCAACAACGUCACCAAGAACUACGACCGCCUGCAGUGCGAGUCCCCGCGCGAGUUCGCCGGCUACCCGCUGCUGGUGCCCCGGCCCUACCACAGCCUCAACGCCAUCACCGUGCUCCAGGCCAAGUGCCGCAACGGCUCGCUGCCCGCCCGGCCCGCCAGCCACCCCACACCCUACUCCACCGACGCCCAGAGGGAGCCCGAUGAGAACUCGGGCUUCAACCCCGACGAGAUCCUCUCGGUGGAGCCCCCGGCCUCGUCCACCACGGAUGCGUCGGCGGGGCCCGCCAUCAAGCUGCACCACGUGACCUUCACCUCGGCCACCCUGGUGGUCAUCAUCCCGCACCCCUACAGCAAGAUGUACGUCCUGGUCCAGUACAACAACAGCUACUUCUCCGACGUUAUGACGCUCAAGAACAAGAAGGAGAUCGUCACGCUUGACAAGCUGCGGGCGCACACCGAGUACACGUUCUGUGUGACCUCGCUGCGCAACAGCCGCCGCUUCAACCACACCUGCCUGACCUUCACCACGCGGGACCCCGUCCCGGGUGACCUGGCACCCAGCACCUCCACCACCACCCACUACAUCAUGACCAUCCUGGGCUGCCUCUUCGGCAUGGUCAUUGUGCUGGGCGCCGUCUACUACUGUCUGCGCAAGCGGCGGAUGCAGGAGGAGAAGCAGAAGUCGGUCAAGGUCAAGAAAACCAUCCUGGAGAUGCGCUACGGGGCGGACGUGGACGCCGGCUCUGUCGUCCACGCCGCCCAAAAGCUGGGCGAACCCCCUGUGCUACCCGUGUCCUGCAUGUCGUCCAUCCCUUCCAUGAUUGGGGAGAAGCUGCCCACCUCCAAGGCGCUGGAGGCCGCGCUGGACACCCCCAAGGUGGCCACCAAGGGCAACUACAUCGAGGUGCGCACGGGUGCGGGCGGGGAUGGCCUGGCCCGGCCCGAGGACGACCUCCCGGACCUGGAGAACGGCCAGGGCUCGGCUGCCGAGAUCUCCACCAUUGCCAAGGAGGUGGACAAGGUCAACCAGAUCAUUAACAAUUGCAUCGAUGCCCUCAAGCUGGACUCGGCCUCGUUCCUGGGGGGGGGAGGCGGCGGUGGGGACCCCGAGCUGGCCUUCGAGUGCCAGUCCCUCCCCGCAGCCGCCGCCGCUGUGUCCUCGGCUGCCACCCCCGGGGCGCUGGAGCGUCCCAGCUUCCUCUCGCCCCCCUACAAGGAGAGCUCCCACCACCCGCUGCAGCGCCAGCUGAGCGCGGACGCAGCCGUGGCCCGCAAGACCUGCAGCGUGUCCUCCAGCGGCUCCAUCAAGAGCGCCAAGGUCUUCAGCCUGGACGUGCCCGACCACCCGGCUGCCACGGGGCUGGCCAAGGGCGACUCCAAGUACAUCGAGAAGGGCAGCCCCCUCAACAGCCCGCUGGACCGGCUCCCGCUGGUGCCCGCGGGAGGCGGCGGGGGUGGCGGGGGCGGUGGGGGCGGCGGCGUCCACCACCUGGAGGUGAAGCCCGCCUACCACUGCAGCGAGCACCGGCACAGCUUCCCAGCCCUGUACUACGAGGAGGGCGCCGACAGCCUCAGCCAGCGCGUGUCCUUCCUCAAGCCGCUGACCCGCUCCAAGCGGGACUCCACCUACUCGCAGCUCUCCCCCAGACACUACUACUCAGGGUACUCCUCCAGCCCCGAGUACUCCUCCGAGAGCACGCACAAGAUCUGGGAGCGCUUCCGGCCCUACAAGAAGCACCCCCGGGAGGAGGUGUACGUGGCUGCCGGCCACGCCCUGCGCAAGAAGGUCCAGUUCGCCAAGGAUGAGGACCUGCACGACAUCCUCGAUUACUGGAAGGGGGUCUCGGCCCAGCAGAAGCUGUGACCCUCUCCUUCCCGGUGAGGCCGGACGGGGGAGGGUUUGGGGGGGGGCCCCACGGGGAAGGGCCCGGCAGCCGGGCAGGGGGGAGGGGGUGGCGCUGGGGGCCGGGGCCGAGGAGCGGACGCACACGCACACCCGCACGCACGCACCCAUGCACACACCUGACCACCACCUGACUGUGAACAGCCACCACCCGACAACAACGGACAGGAAAACAGAGACACGUUCUCCUUCAAGUUUACACACUGAUACCGAAACCAGUCGUCUUUACUGUGCUGCCCAGGGACUCUGCGGGGGUGUGCCGGGCUGGGGAGGGCAGGGCGCAGGCCAGGAAGCCCCAAGUGGGUGUGGGGUCUGGGGCUCUGGGACUAGGGACAGGUGUGGGGCAGAAGAGUCUGGGGCGGAGAGAGGGUUCCCCCCCACCGACUCUGGGGACAGGUCAUUUGGGGAUUGAGCACCAGACAGACAUUAGGCCUUGUUUCCUUUCUUUUAUGGCUGGGGAAUCUGAGGCCCGGAGAAAGAAGGUGAUAGCUCCAGGGCCACAUGGCAGUUUAGGCAGUUUUGCUGUCCACCCCCCACUCUUCGUCUACUUGCCACCCCCUUCCAGAGCUGUGGUCUCUUGGGGCUGAGGGACUUGAGAGUCAGGCAGGUGCUUUUCCUUUCUAGAAAGCCCCAUGGCCACGUCCCCAAGUGUGGAGCUAUGAUUCAUUACGCUGGGGGUCCUUCGCCAUGCCCCCCACCCAGUGCCAGCACCCAAGAGAGACAGGAGGUCUGGCUUGCAAGAAAGGAGCAGAGGCACAGGGCCAUUCCACCAGCCCCCUUCAAGUGUCUUCCACGUAGCCUGGGGGCUGCUUCUGGGGUCUGAGAAGAGAGCAGGUGGGUCCACUCCCACCACGUCUCAGGUGCAGACCCCUUCACCCCAGCCCCCUAGCCUCUCUUGGCCUCUAGGAUCCUUCCUUAUGCCAGAAGGGCAGCAGUGAACUGUGAUGCCUGGGAGCAGUGGGGAGGCAGGGUAUUGGGGGGGUGGGUCUUCCUGCCUGUGUCCCCACAUCCUGACCUCCCACCUGCCUGAUCCUAUUAUGGGAUCUUGGGGCAGCAUCUCGGCCUGCCCAGGGGAAGGAGGGCUUUCCCAGGCUUACUCACCCACCACCUCUCAGCUGCCCAUCCCUGCCCCGCCCUCUGACUAGAGGGGCUCCCAUGUUUCCAUGGAAAUGGCGCUCCUCCCCUUGCCGACCCCCACCCAACAUCGAACAAAGCACAAACAGUGAGCACCCCCCCUUGCUGGAGUGGGGGGGCGGGAGCAGGCAGGUUCGUGGGGCCCCUCCCUCUGCCUGGCCAGCUUCUGUCGCCAUGGCAACCCAAGGCCUGGCAGUUGGGACUGUUGGGCUCCUGGGGGUUCUCUGUCAGUGUGGGUGGCAGAGGGUGGUGAGGGAGAGCAGGGUCAGGUGGCUGCAGCCUUUCUCAACAGCGAGGGGCUUUCAGGGUCGAGUCGGUGGGGGCGGGAGGUGGGGCAGAUCUGGGGUCCUGAGACUGCGGUCUUGAGCACACUGUCAGGGUGCUGAGAAGACCUUCACCUUUGAUAAGGACCUGGGCCAGUGGGGGUGGGGACAACUAUGGCCUUGGCCACCUGCCCACCUGCUCCCUGGCUCCUCACCCAACUCCCGAUGGGGAGGAGCCCACGCACCUCGCCCCACAGCCCUGCUGGAGACCCCCCAGCCUCUGGCCUAUCACCUCAUUGGGUUUCUUGAGAUCUGGGGCAUGUGGCUAUGGGGUGAGGGUGGGCAUUGGGGUGAGACUAAGACCUUUACUGUGUGUGGGGGUUGCUGACCAGGAAAGCUAGUGCCAUCUCCUGGGUUGGGGGGGCGUCUAGUGACCUUCCUGCCAGAAGUAGAGUCUGGGGCAGGACUGUUGGGGGGAGCUGCUAGGCUCACAGGAGCGCCUCCCUUACACCCACUUGGGGGACAGACCAAGCCCAGGGCUCACUUUGGGGGUGACAUUUGCAAAGAAAAGACUGUUCUGGGGAGUAGAGAGGAGGGGGCCAGCGUGGACGUGCAGAGCAGACCUCCCUCAACCCCCGAAACCUGCCCCCUCAAGCCUGCCUCACACCAGAUUGGCAAAACUGAGAACAGCAAACGGGCAAAGCCAGUGGUGUGAGGAAGCAGACUCCUGUUAUAUUUGCAUGACGAUUUUACUGUAUUUUUCUGAGCAAACAUCUGUCGUAUAUGUGCCAGUUUGUCUAGACUCCCAGCCCCCCCCCGCCGCCCCCUCUUGCCCACGUUCCCUCUGUCGUGAUCUGACAAGCAGCUCUUGAAACCUGGGGAGGGUCCAGCUCUGCAGAAGACCCAAAACAGGUGCCACUGAAACGCAGCCCCUGCCCCGUCCUGGUCUCCUUUCUCUCUGAACGUUGGGCCCACAAGUGCUGCCUUGCCCCUUGGGGCCCCCAGUUUCCUACCCUUGCCCUUUCCCCUCCUCCCUGCCAGGGAAGGGAGCGUGCUGGGACCUCUUUGUCCCACCUGCUGUCAUUUUUCAGAUGAAGACGUUGGGGGUCCCCCGAAGAGGGAAGGGCUGGGUGACUUGACUACCAGGCUGAGGGGUAGGACACGGUCACCUAGCUAAAUCCACGGGGCUAAGAGCUCGGGGCUUCAUGGGGAGGCUGGGGGCCCUGAGGGAAGAACCCAUGGAAGGAGCCAGGGCCAGGUUGGCCUGGUCUCACCGGAGAUGGCACUUCCCACAGAGAGGGUUCCUGGCAGUGGGAGCAGAAGCCCCCCACCCUUGCCAUUCCCCCAUCAUUCCUGGUUGACGAUGGCCUAUAAAAACCACAGACCAUCUUUCUUUGGGGGUCUCUAUCUUAAUAGUGAGUGUCUUGCCACUCCAGGAGGUAAACUGACCUUCCCAGCCUAGAUCACACCACUCUUGGAGGCAGACUAGAAUCGAUCUCAGGCCUCUGGCCUCCUGGGCGGGCUGGACCUUCCUCAGCUGCCAGUCGCCCUGAUCUGGGAAAGGGGCCAGUGCACUGCAGCCCACCUUGGAGGCUUUCCUGCAUCUGUGUCCUGUGUCCUUUUCUGGAUCAUUCUUCUCCAACAGGGAGCAAAAUACGAAAGACAAAUGAACACCUAUGUCACAGAGUCUGGCCAGCUGAGGCCCCGUGUUUGUAACAGCGAUGAGCACGGCGGCCCGGGGCAGACGGGGAGGGCUGGCAGCCAGGAGAGAAGGGAAGUAGGGGGUGAUGGAGGAAUCGGGGACAAGCUGGCCCGAGGAGAUGUGGGCCUCCCGGGGGAGGCCUUCUUGCCUUGGGUCCUGCCUGGACUUUGCUGUCCCUGUCAGAGGAUCUCCAGAAGAAAUUCCUGGGUGCCUGUUGCGGGAGAGUGGCACAGGGUGUGGGGUCCUCCCUUCACCUGGAGGGCCAGCACUGCUAACUGUCUGUUGAAGCUAAUGGUUUUCCUUCCUGGAGUGAGAUGCGGAGGUCUGGAGGGGGAAAAAAAAAAAACCCCAAACCAAAACAAAACCUUAGUCCGCUGUGGAUACCUCCUCAGGAGUCCCAGGGCCCGCCCCUGCCUGCUGGAGGCCCCUCACCUCCUCACGCCUGCUAGGGGACAGUGCUGGAGGCCCUGGAGGCUGCCCGAGUCCAGGUUGCGGGGAGGUGGGGCAUGGAGCUAUCUGCGGGGCAGUGGGAGUGGAGAGACCCACUUGGGAAGAAGAGUAAGCCUGUGUAGUCCCAGAGACCGGGGACUCAGAGGAGAGUCUUGGCCUGGCUGAGGGUCUGUUUAAGGUUUUCGAUGGGACGUCGCUCACCGUCUGUCCCCACUACUGAAAAUUUAACAGUGCGGAAACAGAAGCUCAGGAAAGGGAAGGAAGGAAGUCUUCUAGAGUCUCGAAACCAGUUAGGGACGUGAGUCCAAGAUGGCAGCCAGGCAUGGGGGACAAGAGUCACAGGCCCCAGCUUGUAAGGGGCGUCCGUGCAGAGAAAAGUUCCCCAGUGAGGGACACUGUGCAGAGAAUUAAAACAAGGUGACAGAGCGGUGAGGGGCUCAGGGACCCCCUGGCAGGGGGAGGGGGGCGGGGGGCGCGAGCCCGGAGGACUGACCAAGAGGACCAGACCAGAGGGAGAGGGUGACAGGUGGCUGGAUGUCCCGAAGAACCUCCUCAGGUGUCCCCACUCUGCGCGCCCACCCCCGGCCGAGGGAGCCUGCCCUCAGCAGCAUCCCACCCCAUUCGUGGCUGAGCGGGGCUCUUUCUGGGUAGAAGCCCUGGGUGUGGGGGGGGUCUGGCUCCCGAGGGGCUUACAGGGGCAGGGCUGACGUGUGCCCACCUGAAGGACUGCUUUCUCCUCCCCAGCAAGACUCCUGCGCAGCGCCCUCCGCCCUCCGGCCCCGGAGCUGCCGUGCUCCUUGUCCUCCCUGACCCUGUGUCCUCCCACCUUUAAGACAGAACCAGUAUUUAUACUUCUUGCCUCACAGGCCUCAUUAAAGGUCCCUCAUUGCUGCUGAGCAGAGGGAGAGGAACGGGGUGUUGAAGGGGGUGGGCGGGAGGCUCUGCGCCUCCUCUUCUUUUGCCCUCGCCAAACAAGCACAGGGCUGGACAGGGGCAGGGGUCUAUCCUCGCUGCCUCCCUCCCUCCCUCCCUCCCCUCCUUCCUCCCCACUUCCCUCCCUAAGGAGCCGCCAGCCCUGAGGGCCCUGCGGCUUGGCACCUGGUUUGGGGGCUGCAGAGGGGACUCCCGGCCCUGGGCUACGAACCUGUGAACCCUAGCUGUGUGUGGACCUUUCCUUCCUUGGGGGGGGGGGCCCAGAACCUCUCCUUUUCUUCUUUUAGGGGGGUAACCUCAUUUAUUUUCUCUUCCCUAUAUCUGCCUCUCCCUCCUCCCGAUUUCCUGUUUUAAACUGAAUGGCACGAAAUUGUUUUCCUCAACUCGGAGAUUCCUGUAUGGAGAGAAUCAAUUUCUAUAUUUGCAAUAAAUUUCUUAUUUAAAACAAUGGGGCCAAGGUCUGUGUUGAAUGUCGACCCCCUUCCCCCCGCCCCCGCCAAGCGGGAGUCCCAGGAACCCCCAUUUCCCUUUCUCACCAGAGUCCCACACCCAGGGUUGAGGAAUGAAGCCCCCUCGAUGGGCAGUCACCCCCCAUCCCAUCCCGCCCCAGGGUCAAGGAAAAAAGCAGUGUGUCUGUCGGAGGUCAGGGGCCAGCAGGAGACGAGAGGGUUCGAGUCCCCCCACACCCCUCAAGCCUGGCAGGCUGGGGCCUUAUGGCACCUCUUCCUUAAAAGCCAGGAGGCCCUCGGCCAGCUGCUGCGUUCCCCACCCCGGGUGCCCUGGCCUCCAUCGUCCCUGCUCGCAAUCAGACCUGAGGAGACGGACAGGGUGUGGACAUUAUGAAUCUCAGCCAAUGCCCAGGGAUUAUGUCCCUUAGCCAGUGGCCAAGGACCACGAUUUGCCAUGGGCUGGCUUUUAAUUGCUCUGUGCCCUUCAAGAGGGGUGAUGGGGGCCCAGCGGGUGUCCUCCUGGCUACUGUCAGGCUAACUUCCGGGCAGCCCGCCGAGUCCCAGCAGGUCUCCACAGAGAGCUCUGCUGCCCCUUUCUCCAAAGCUACGAACCA